UCUUGGGGAUGGGUAAUGGUGUCCAGGACCAACGGGCAGCACACACACCGGGAGAAGUGUUGCCAUCGGCCUCCUCCAGUCAUUCGGAGCCAAGACCAUCUGUCCUCAACUCCCUCCUGUCGGGCGCUCUAGCGGGUGCUCUGGCCAAGACAGCUGUAGCCCCGUUGGACAGAACCAAGAUCAUCUUCCAAGUGUCUUCCGCAAGAUUUUCUGCCAAGGAGGCCUACAGGUUGAUCUACCGGACCUACCUGAAGGAUGGCUUCCUCAGCCUGUGGCGGGGGAACUCUGCCACCAUGGUGCGGGUCAUCCCCUACGCUGCCAUCCAGUUCUGUGCUCAUGAGCAGUACAAGAUAUUCCUGGGGGGAAUAUAUGGCUUCCAAGGGAAGGCCCUGCCUCCGAUACCACGGUUACUGGCUGGCUCCAUGGCAGGUACCACAGCAGCCAUGUUGACCUAUCCUUUGGACAUGGUACGUGCGAGGAUGGCAGUCACACCCAAAGAAAUGUACGGUAACAUAGUGCACGUGUUUGGACGGAUCUCCCGGGAGGAGGGCCUGAAGACGCUGUACAGAGGCUUCACCCCCACCAUCCUGGGCGUGGUGCCCUACGCAGGCAUCAGCUUCUUCACCUACGAGACCCUCAAGAAGGUGCACGCAGAGCGAAGCGGCCGCCCCCAGCCCUACUCCUACGAGCGGCUGGCGUUCGGCGCGUGCGCAGGGCUGCUGGGCCAGUCGGCGUCCUACCCCCUGGACGUGGUGCGGCGGCGCAUGCAGACGGCGGGCGUGACGGGCCACACCUACGGCACCAUCGCCGGCACCAUGCGGGAGAUCGUGGCGGAGGAGGGCGUGGUGCGGGGCCUCUACAAGGGCCUGAGCAUGAACUGGGUGAAGGGCCCCAUCGCCGUGGGCAUCAGCUUCACCACCUUCGACCUCACGCAGAUCCUCCUGAGGAAGCUGCAACGAAUGGGCUACACGUCCCGGUAAAACCCCUGGAGGGGGGCCAGUGAGGCGGCCGGGGGGGGGGGGGGGGAUUCAAACACGCGCUGCCUCUGGAUGGUACGGCCGUGUGGCAGGCCGGUUGUUGGAGGCGUCGGCUGGAUGCAGGGGGCCGAUGGGUCACAAAGCCUCCCCGGACCGGCUGUCGUCCGCGAGCCCGCUGUGGGGCUCUGUCAUGUGCAAUAAUUUUAAAGUCGUCUGUUUCGUUUUUCAAAGAUGUGUUACUUUCUUGUGAAUCUGCCACCUCGACGAUGCCGAUAAACACAUUGCGCGUGUGUGUCUGUGCCACGCACCUACACUCUACACUCUUUCUCGUGACGUAGGCUGACUUCGACUCAUUUGGAUGUGCUGGGCAUCUUGGAUUGUUAGCAGAUGGAUGAAUAGCGGUUACUGAUGGUAGUGUGGUUUAAUAGUGCUCUCCCUCUUGAUCGUGUUUGUUCAAUUGAGUGACAACAGGGUCAUCCCGUUGGACACAUCUGCUGUGCGAGCUGAGGAUGUCAGAGCAGUGUCACGCGUUCACUGGUAAGGGAGGGAUAACAUGCUUUUCAUUUGAAUUUGAUCCGAGCAUUACUGCAUAAGUACUUCAGUGUUUCUCCCAGUAAAUGUCUUAGUCAAGGAGCGGGGGGGGGGGGUCUCCUUUUCAAUUCAAUUCAAAAAGCUUUAUGGCACGACCAUUGUUGUAACAGUAUUACCGAUGCAUUAUUGAUAUUUAUUUUUUACACCUGAUGGAAGUAUGUUUUCUUUCCCUAUGAGAGUUUUCUACUUUGCUAAUGCAUAAAAAAAUUAUAUAUAUAUAUAUAUAUAUAUAUAUAUAUAUAUAUAUAUAUAUAUGUACAAUUACAAUUAGGGCAUUUAGCAGACGCUUUUAUCCAAAGCGACUUAAAUCGGUUAAUAUACACAUUGACACACCGACGGCAGAGUCAACCAUGCAAGGCAACAGCCAGCUCGUCAGGAGCAGUUAGGGUUAAGUGUCUUGCUCAAGGACGCAUCAACACACAACAUUUUUUUAUAUAAAUUGGUAGUCAAGGCGGGGCCCUAUUGUUGUUAAGGCGGCCGCCUUAACAACACAGUGCUGGGGGAAACACUGUACUUUAUAUAAAGUGAACCCAUAUAAGGCCAGUUGUUGAUGCCAUUAAUAGUUUUGACAUGGUGCAGCUUUGUUUGAUUUAAUCCUGUUCAUGAUUUUGACACUUUAAAACGUCUAGGCAGAGAAUAAUUGGCUUGAUGGAAAAUUUUUCAUAACAUGACCUCAUAUCAAAUACUUAAAAUAUCAAAUAGUACAAUGCCUUAUGUAAUGCAUUAUAACAUCCCACAAAAUUAUCUCAUCGGCAUCACCCAGUUUAAUUGAAGUAGUAUUGUAUAAGAUUAGACCCCCAGUGUGUACCAUGGAGCCUGCUGGCCUUGUGCUGUGUUCACAUUUCAGGGAGCAUUGAUAAGACACCAGCAGAGGCUUUAAAUAUCAACCAUAGUGGCUAUAUUUGGACCAUUAAGCCUUCAGAGGACCGCUGCUCUCACUAUAGGAUGAGCAACGGGAGCAGCUGGGCCGGUGGUGAGGAAGUGAGGACCGGCUUUGUGGCGUCAGAUUCAAAGAGGGCUAGGUAAGGAAGGCCAUUUAUAAACACAUGUAUGCCAACACCAGGAAGCUUUGUGCUGGGGUCAAGGGACCUCCUACAUGUACGUAGAUUGGAGGCAUGUAUGUACCUUUUAUGGUACUAUUGUGUGUGUGUAUUUCACUGUUGCUCGAACCUGCAACCUGUGGUAGGCCGAUACAGUGUGUGUGUUGGGGUUGCAUCCUACACACAUCCAGGGGACAUGGUAUCCCCCCCACCACCGGUCUAUGUAACUCACUGCUUUAUCAUACACUGGUAUAAGACUUGUAGAGAGAGUGGUUGAUUGUAUCUCUGCUAUAUACAGGAAUCAAUUGAUCUAUGUCGGUACCAUACAAUAUUCCGGCAAUGUUCAUAUCAGAUUCAGCACAAACGUUAAGGGAAGACGACGAAAGGGCUUUACUUCAGAGUAGGUAUGGGAAGGCUUUAGGGACACAAAGGGAGCCUCCCCAAUUAUCAGCUUCCCAUCGGAGCACCCGAUGAGUGGGUCUUCUUAAUGUGGAGCCCAGCCCUCUGGUGGAUCCAGGGUCCAUCGUUGUAUUAUUACUCACGGUGGGUCGACCCUCCCCAUGUCGGCCUGAUAACAAUGCUAUGUGUGCGAUGUUUCUGCUCGAUGUUGCUACUCAUGAGUGGCUGCUGGCCGUUCCGUUAUGCUGCUCUCGGUCAACGGCUGGACCUGUUCUUUGGUUUCUCGAUACUGACCUCCAAGUGCCUCAUAGGGAAUAGUAAUGAUUUUGCUAUGACUUAAAUAGUUAAUACUAAACCUAUGACCUUUUUGCAGCAGGUUUUGUUCACUUUUAUAGGCUUUUCCAGAAUUUGCUAUAGAACAGUGAUACUGACAUUUUGACAUUUAAAUAGUUAUUUCAAAUCGCUUUUGUUGUUAAUUGUACUAAUUGAGAACCAUGUUCGUUGAGGUUUGUUUGUUACCUGCCUGUCUCAAUGGCAUAACAGUAAUUUAGGUGUUACGCCUGCUUGAAAUGUAACCGUAACUCUGUGUUUGCUGGAGUCUGUGUGCUGAGAGUUGGCCGGAGGGAGAUGUUGUUGUCCUCUCGUUUCAUAAGAUGCGUGUGUGUUGACGUAAGGUGAGGGACAAAGGGACAUUACUGUCUAGCACAGGGCAAUAUUGAAAGUAUACAACAGAUGUAUAACGGCUGGUCUCAGAGUAUUACCUUAGAACUGGAGAGUAAUUAAGACAAUCAUUAAAUGCCAAAACAAUGAUUUUCUCAUUUUUACAUUAUUAAUAGGCCUAUUCAAUUGUUUGCGUAAGACCAUAAAGUGGCUUAAUAUGAAAUAAUACGUAUGUUAAAAAGAUGAGUGACUUUCAAUUUUAUUUUUUUGGGGUUUGUCUAUGGUGUUCCUAAUGUAGCCAUUGCUAAUUUAAUGCAAUAGAUAAAGUUUUAACAAAGUUAUUUAAUCAUAUGCAGACGUUCAAAGACAUGGGAUCGGUGCAUUUGCAUGUUGCAAUUGUUUUGACACAGGGGAAUUAUCUGUUUUGUAAAGUGGUUUGUGCCAACAUGAAUGUAAACACACUAACUGUGAUCUGUAGGCAGCCUCAGAGAUUCUUUAAUAAACCUGACAUGAACUAAUACUAUGUUUAUUCAUUCAAAGAACAUUACAGCUCUUUAUACAAUUUUACAUAUUCUAAGGUAGGCCUAUUCAACGUUUUUCCGUGUAAAUAUGAAUGUAGUUUAUAUAUUUGAAGUUUAAAAGAGAUUAGUAGGUAUCGGGUAACUAUCUAUAUCAGCAGAUCAGAGGUUAUGCCUGUGAUGGUAUGUGUUAACCAUUAGAGGGAAUCAUCUACAAUGCAAACCAAUCGACAAGUGAGGUUUGUGUUUUGUUCCACUACAACCUGUAUUAUUUAAAGUGACCACAAGGGAGCACUAUAUUAAAAGAAAUACAGAGUUCUCAAAACCAUGUCAAAUCUUUUUUAGCUUUGAAAGUGGUCGAUAGGUGACAGUAUAACACAACUAUUGGACUUGUCAAGUGGUUGUGGAAAUUUGGGGUCACGCUGUGAAUUUGAACUUGACCUUGACAGACCAGUCCUCAAUGAUUAAUAGCAAAAAAGUGUGAUGGCCCAUCAUACAAGCAGUGGACCAGCGAAAUAUUCGAUAUUAGUAAGGAGCCAUUAGGACUGUUUAAGAGAAAAAAACUACAGGCCUACCCUGCAAAAAUACCUACAUUUAUACUGAUCAUUUAACCAGCACGCUUCUUAUUUUAUGCAUUAUUUUUCUGGCAAAGGGUCAUGUGGAAAGAGGAAACCGCCAGCAAAGACAGAAGGCAGAGGGAGACAGAAGUAAUUAGCCCACAUAUUGUAGGAAGGAGGGAUGAAGGAAGACAAAGAUCACAAAAUGUGGUUGCUAUAGAUACCUGGCACGAUGCCCACUAAGAGCCUAUUUGCAUUUAUUCAGAUGGCUUGUUGCUACCCCCACCCUCCCAUAACUAAUCCAAUUAGGCCCAGGCUAAACUAUACAGUAGGCUUUCAUCGAAAUAUAAUUCUUAAUAGUUAAUAAAUAGAGGUCAGGCAACGUGUAUUAUCUUGCAAUUUUUUUAGCUCCAACAAAUAUCUACAAUAGGCCUAUUCUAUUUUGUGGAUAAAAUAUGCUCGUUGGGCAAAUUAUGAAAACCCCCCUACCUCAGAUGAUAUUGUGUUUGGGCCUAGUCUUAUCGUAUUUUUUAGUAUUCUGCCUAGCAUUUAGAAUAUGUAUUUAGUAUGUUGGCCAUUUUAAACCUGCAAUGGUAAGAUUAGGACCUCUUUUCAAAUUGCAGAAAGGUAUUCUUUAGCAAAGAUAUUAAUAGUAGGCCUGUAGUUGUAAGAUGAUUUAAUUAGGUUUUUUUUUAAUGCAAGCUAAUGCUAGAAAUUGUAUGCUAAAAGAUACAUCCAGGUCUAUGUAAUAGGCCUACCCAUCGCGCUACAUAAAGAGAACAUUGGCUCAAAUCCUAUUUAUAUAUUAUAAUUAUCAAUAAGCCUAACCUAUAUUAUAUAAUUUACAAAUGUUAAUGGAAUCAUUUAUUUUCUAUGGUUUAUUAGCCUAUGAACGGCAUUACAUCGAAGGAUCACUGCUCCGAUACAGGCUGGUUAUUGAACCACAGCACGAGGUGACCUAAAUAUCAAACGUAGGCCUAUGCGCCUGUCCAACCUAAUGAUCUUCAUUUGUUAAGAUUU